UGUUUAAAAAUUGGGCACCUAAGCAAUGGAAAUAUUGAAUAAAGUAAAUGAAAGAUUCCCCUGCAGGAAGAAAGAAAUCAAAGUAAUUGCUGGUCUGAUUGGUUACAGUGAAGAAAUGCUUCCUGCUGCAAUUCAUAUCUAUGGUCAUACCGGCACUGGGAAAACAGCGUUAAUUAAACAUUUUCUAAGUAAAAGCAUUCUCCAAAGGAAUAAAACUAAUAUAGCAUUUGUUAAUUGCGUUGAGAACUAUACUUCUCGCAUUCUAUUUGAAAACGUUUUGGAUUUUGUACGCCGUGAAAGCGAUGAUCAGGCUGUUAAGACAGAAAAUCUUAAGGAUUUUGUAGAGGAACUGCGUCGUCAAGACACAGAACCACAUACGCGCUAUAUAAUUGUCCUUGACAACGCCGAACGUCUACGGGAUAUGGAUGCGAACGUCUUGCCAUCUUUUUUGAGGUUGCAGCAGCUCUGUGGUUUGAACCUUUGUGUUAUACUAAUUUCACAGCUGCCAUUGGAAAAAUUUUAUGGUAAAACAAGUAUAGAUGAUCCUAUUCUAUUAUACUUUCCACAGUACACCAAAUCAGAAACACUCGAAAUACUAAGCGCUGAUUUUAAGAAUGCAAAAAAACUCGUUAGCGCCCACCUAUGUCGCAAUAAAGCAGAUAAUCUUAUGGAUAAAUUGAAAAUAUUAGAAUCAAUUACAAAAGAUUUCUUUAACAAUUACUUAAAUCUCUUCCUGGGUGUUUUUUAUAAAGCGUGUCGCGAUCUAUCCGAGCUGAAAAUUACAGCGCGAAAAUGUUUUAUUUUCUAUAUGGAACCUAUUUUGAAUGGCACCGUCAGCAUGUCAGACGUUUCACGCUUAUGGCGUUGCAUUGCAGGACAACUUCGUACUGCACUAACACAAGUUUACAUAAGAAGUGGAGAGGCGGAAGUGAUUGCAACAGAACACAGUGAUAAGGAAAUAGUUAAGAUAGCACAAUCUCUUGAGCUUCCGUAUUAUGGGAAGUAUUUGCUAAUAGCGGCAUUUCUCGCAAGUUAUAAUUCAUCAAAAGAGGACAAGCGUUUGUUUGUAAAAAAUCAUGGAAAACGCCGAAAACGAAUGCAGGCUGUUAAUGCAAAUGCAAAAGUCACUGAAAAAAUGAGUACUUAUAUAGGACCGAAGUCUUUCAGCGUUGAUCGGCUGCUGGCAAUUUUCUAUGCCAUUCUUGACGAAAAAGUCGGUUUGACUUGUAACUUAUUGUCACAAAUUUCAACCCUUGUUAAUCUUAAGCUACUCAGCUUUGUUUCUGGUGAAAAUGUGAUGGAUGGUACAUCACGCUUACAAUGCACAGUGGGCUUGGAUCUUAUUGUAUGUAUAAGUCAAGUUGUAGGGUUUAAUGUGCGUCAAUAUCUAUGCGAUUUCAAUUAAAUUUUACUGGUUUAACUUCCCGUUUCACGAAAGCAAUUUAGGUGAAAAUGAUUUUUUUUAUUUGAAUUUAUUAUGAAAAUGGCAGAAUGGAAGAAAUCCUCUCUCACUAAAAUUGCUGGUGAAACCGGCAGUUAACAGU